AUGGCAGUGCAAAGACAAACAGCUGCCUCUAAGUCAAGAAGGCCUCCCAGGAGGGUGCAACAUGGAGUUCUUGGAGGGGUACCCAGGGUGAUAUUAAGCAACGACCCAAGCAAAUCUGCACAUACCCCUAGUUUAAGGGCAUCUCUAGGGCAGGUGCCAUUGCUUGGGUUUGGUCUGGGCCUUGGUCUUGGCCUUGGUCUUGGACUAGGGCAACUGCCACAUGAACUGACAAGGGUGAAGAAAAGAAGGUUGAGUGUGAGAAAAAGAGCUACCAAUGCAGUGGUUUUGGAUUCCAUCUCUCAACCCUAA